CCACUGUCGCAAUCCGAGGAGCUGCUGCUGAAUCUGUAAACGCAGGAUCCACUCAGACAAACAGCUAAAGUUUAGACCGGCAUUUGCACGACAAGCCAUGGCCGACGAGGAGAACCUACCGCAGGGCUGGGAGAAGAGAAUGAGCCGCAGCUCAGGCAGAGUAUACUACUUCAACCACAUCACUAACGCCAGCCAGUGGGAGCGGCCCUCUGGAGACGGAUCCGGUGAGCCAGAUAAGGUGCGCUGCUCUCACCUCCUGGUCAAACACAACCAGUCGCGGCGGCCAUCUUCCUGGAGAGAACAGAUCAUCACACGUUCUAAAGACGAGGCCGUGGAGCUUAUUCAGAAGUACAUAGAACAGAUCAAGUCUGGAGAGGAGACGUUUGAAUCCCUGGCCUCUCAGUUCAGCGACUGCAGCUCAGCCAAGAACGAAGGAGACCUGGGGCUGUUUGGCAGAGGUCAGAUGCAGAAGCCUUUCGAAGACGCCUCAUUCGCACUCAAAGUGGGGGACAUGAGCGGCCCCGUGUUCACUGACUCUGGGGUUCAUAUCAUCCUGCGCACGGGGUAGAACCAGGAAAGAACCCCCAAACAGCCCCAAACCACCAAGCCACAGCUGUUAUUAUUGCUAUGGAAACGCCACUGCAAACUGACGUCCCCGUAUAAGCCCCAAAUCUAUAGCUGCGAUGGACCUGUGGAGGAUAAGGGUGAUGGGAAGUCUUUUUGGAUCGCAAUUAAAGCAAAAUCUUCAUGAGUUAAAAUGACUUAAAUUAAUAAUAUUAAUCAUUACUGGACUAGUUGAAUUGAUUUACUCAUUAGAUCCUCCAUUCUAAAAUAGACCUUUUACCAAGAUAAUUCUGACUAAUGAUAAAAAUGUGUUAUUUUAAAGAUGCACUAUGUAACUUUCCUGGUGGAGGGUCUGCCUCCACUAGGAAUUGCUUUUCUUGGAAUGUUUUCCAGUAUGGCAUGAAACCAUCUUAAUCUGCAUUUACACAAAUACUAGAGUAGAAAGUAUAUAUUUUUCUUAAAUCUCACUUUGAGUUGGCUGGUACCUUAACAAAUCUGACGUCUAACUGUACAUCACCUGUCUCCAUGGAGAUGUUUACAUGUAAUGCCAUACUGUGAAAAUUGUAUAGUGCACCUUUUAAAUAUAUUUACUUAUUAGACAUAAAUUACUCUUGAAAAUAAAACAUUUUGACUAUUUUCUAAAAGUGUCUAUCAACCUGUGGACCAAAAAAAAAAUCAUACGUAUAUUACGGUGAGCAAUGGAGUGAAAUGCCUAGUGGCACAGCAAUGUUAUCCGCUCCAGUGGAAGUUUAACCAGCAACCUUCCAGGUUCCAGGCAAUGCUUAGUCCACUACUUCACAGCAGCCUAUUCACUCCACAGGGAGAUAUAACAAAAAUGAAAUCUGAUGACUUCAAACUACUCAAAAAGAUAAAUAUUGUGAGUUUGUGAUUUUAACUCGUGUAGAUGAUUUUUUAUAUAUAUAUUUGCAGUGUGCCCUGAGCUUUUUUAGCAUGCAUGCCUCUUGAGGACCAUAAUUUAACCCAUUUAUAAGGCUGCACCUACUGAAAUGACAAAUUGUUUUGUUCAUUACACUAGUAAGACUACAAUAUUGUACAUUUGCGUGUAAAGCAUCAGCUCUGUAUGUACGUCCAUUGAGCAACAUGUGUGUCCUGAAAUGUCACUCACACCCUUCCUUCAAAUAAACUUUUUUUUUUUUUUUUUUUUAACAACUUAUCUUUGUGUAUAGCAAGUAUCAAUACUACAGAUGUCACAUUGACAGGACAUAAGUAAACCUUUGCUGAACAGCUUUCAGAAUGAUCUUGAGCUGAAUCAGAACAAGUAUAAGACCAGACAGACUAGUACACACCCAGGGACACUAUGGAACAUACCUGGACGACUGAGGGAUUACACAGAUAUAAGGCCACAUGGUAAAAGAAAGUACUAUUCUACUGUCACAUUCUAUUCGUGGUAUCAGAAUUGGUAUUGAGUAUCCAGUCUAUUCAUUAGUAUGAAAAUCGAGUUUGAAAUUUUAGUGUCAUGAUGAUUACUACAAUCAUCAAUGGAAAAAGACAUUGUGUGUUGUGACUCGGUCAUUGAUUUGAAAAGCUAAUCACACAGUAAACAGUAAGGACAAUGAACACUUCCCAAAAUGCAGUAUCUGAAUAUUGGCUACAGACUAGUUAAAGACACACUAUGCAACUUUUACAGAGCCACCAGCGUGCAACAUUACAUGUAAAGUAUGAUCUCCAUGGAGACACAGUAUGACAUUCAACCUGUGUUUAUGGAAACAACCAGAUAACAGGUCAGAUCUGUGGAGAGGCGAGCUCACUCACGGGAAGAAUGCAUGUUUUUCCAAGUUAAAUCUAAGGGACACAACUCCUGCAAUUGAAUAAAUUCAAGAUAUAAACAUUUAAUGCCAUACUAUAGAACAUUCCAGGCAAAUCAGUGAGAUCAGACUGGAACAAUAGGGCAACUUUUUAAAAAUUAGUUGAAAUUUAUGAAUAAGUGGAUUUUUUAUACAGGAUCAAACCAGAGUCUCACCAGGACUAAACCAGGACCAAACCAGGACUAAACCAGGUCUAAACUAGGACUAAACCAGGUCUAAACUAGGACUAAACCAAUACCAAUAAUGUGUUCAGAGACACAUGUAUGUCGUCACUUCAGAAACACACUGAGACCUCAAAUGCAAAGCAUGCAUUCACUGUGUCACAUGAGAGAAGUAGGUCUCAUGUCACCUGUACAUAAACAGCACAUCACUUACAGUAACAGGCGUUAGCACUUACCUGAAAACCCUCCCUCACACUAACACACCUUCACCUCUAAGGGCUUUUAGGGGCCCUGGAGCAUGUGCUUUUUUGCUUUGUUAUUUACUCAUUUAUUGUUUGCCCAUUCAAUGUAUGAAUCUGCAAAUUGAUGUAGAGAACAAAAGUGAACCUCUUGACGUCUUUGCACUGGUUUCAUCUGUAUGGAAAAAAAUUAAAGUAAAUCAGCUCAGUAUAGUAUACUGAAGUAUAUAUAUAUUUUUUUAAAUCUCACUUUGAGUUGGCUGGUAUCUUAACAAAUCUGACGUCUAACUGUACAUCACCUGUCUCCAUGGAGAUGUUUACAUGUAAUGCCAUACUGUGAAAAUUGUAUAGUGCACCUUUUAAAUAUAUUUACUUAUUAGACAUAAAUUACUCUUGAAAAUAAAACAUUUUGACUAUUUUCUAAAAGUGUCUAUCAACCUGUGGACCAAAAAAAAAAUCAUACGUAUAUUACGGUGAGCAAUGGAGUGAAAUGCCUAGUGGCACAGCAAUGUUAUCCGCUCCAGUGGAAGUUUAACCAGCAACCUUCCAGGUUCCAGGCAAUGCUUAGUCCACUACUUCACAGCAGCCUAUUCACUCCACAGGGAGAUAUAACAAAAAUGAAAUCUGAUGACUUCAAACUACUCAAAAAGAUAAAUAUUGUGAGUUUGUGAUUUUAACUCGUGUAGAUGAUUUUUUUAUAUAUAUAUUUGCAGUGUGCCCUGAGCUUUUUUAGCAUGCAUGCCUCUU